GUCCACGCACACGUCACAACACAGCAACUGAAGAGACUUUGACAAAACAAAUACAUCGGUCAUAUAUUCACAUGUUUUGUGAUUUUUAACGAUAUUUUACAGGUGUGUAUAGAAGCAUGUCGUGUGAAGCAUCGGUCCAGAAACAAGUGCUCUUAAUAAUGGACAGUUUAGUCACAUCUAUAGUGGCAGAAAUUUGUCAACUCGAUAUUUUUCAGUCAGAGCGUCGAAAUGGAAAUCCAGAAACUGAUAUUAAAAUGAAUCUGACGGAUGCUAUAAGGAAAAUAACAAACUCAACAGCUGAACACAUCUGUAGAAUCCUUCAUAAAGCAUCAAGUGGAUUAAGAAAAGAUCUGACACAACCAGAUCAAAUCAACCAUAUGAUAGAGCAGCAAUUGGCUGGCAGUGGAAGACCACUUAACACUCAUAUCAAAGAUGAGGAACAUGUCAAAGGAGGAGAUCAGCAAGGCUUCACUUCAGACGUUGUGUCGGGAAUCCAGGAAAGAUUGAGUUGCACCCCAUCUGGUGGACAUCUACUUCAGACUGUUGAAGAAGAGCUGGAGUUUAGAUUUGAAGAAGUAUUUGUCCAUGAAGAGGAACAAGUAGAGUGUCAAACUGCUGCUGUAGAUGAUAUAAUGGAGCACAAUGCAGAUGAAUCUGAAUCUGUAGAGCAUCAAAGAGAAGAGGAGUGGACCACUGAACCAAACUCUGUGGAUGAAUUAAAUGACAUUUCAGUACAAUUAAACACACUGGAUCCACCCGACAUUAUCGAGACACGAUUGAAUGUCCCAAUAGACGCCGCUGAAACUGCUGUUGUAGAUGAUAUAAUGGAGCCCAGUGCAAAUGAAUCUGAAUCUGUAGAGCAUCAAAGAGAAGAGGAGUGGACCACUGAACCGAACUCUGAGGAUGAAUCAAAUGACAUUUCAGUACAAUUAAACACACUGGAUCCACCCGACAUAAUCGAGACAGGAUUGGACGUCCCUAAAGACGCCGCUGAAGAAGAGCAACCCAAUACAAGCGAUGAGCAGAACUUAUGCAAAAUCUGCGGAAAGACCUUCACCCACCUCAACAACCUGAGAAGACACGAGCAGAAGUUCCACAGCGGAGAAACACCUCACGCUUGCCAAGAGUGCGGAGAGCGCUUCGGCUCCAGACGCCUCCUCCAAAUCCACCGCAGAGACCACAAGGUGGAAAAACCUCACAAAUGCACGCUCUGUGACAAGGUGUUUCGCUUGCCCAACCACUUGAGGAAUCACAUGAUGAGUCACGGUGACCAGAGACCGUUCUCCUGCACCACAUGUGGAAAGAGCUUCGCCUUGAUAAGCGUCCUCAGAUCUCACGAGCGAACACAUGAUGGCGAGAAGACCUUUGUAUGCUUGCAAUGUGGCUCCAAGUUUCUCACCAAGUCUUACUUGGACUACCACCAGCGAGUUCACACUGGAGAAAAGCCAUACCUGUGCAAACACUGUGGGAAGAGCUUUGCCCAAAAGGGCAACCUCAAGGCACAUGAAAGGGUUCACACGGGCGAACAGCCCUUCAGAUGCGAGGACUGUGGAAAAACCUUUGUACACGCCAACACCUUCAAAUCCCACAAGCAGCUCCACACAGGAGUCAAAGCUUUCUGCUGUGAGCUUUGUGGGAAGGGCUUUCGGCGAGGAACACAUCUCAAGACUCAUCUACUGACGCAUUCUGGAGACAAACCCUUUAGUUGCGAUGUAUGCGGCAAGACUUUUGCCCUCAAAGGAUCUCUGAAGACGCACCAGCUCACUCACACGGGGCAGAAGAGUUACACUUGUAAUGUCUGCAGUAAGCAGUUUACUCAGGCCAGCUCGCUAGCGAAACACAAACGGGUUCAUACGGGAGAGAAACCACACCGCUGCGUAAACUGUGACAAGUGUUUCUCUCAAAGCAGUCAUCUUAACUAUCACUUGAAGGUUUGCCAGUCUGGGACAAAAAGUUCUGCAAGCUCUAAUGUGGAAGAGAACUAAGUGAGCAGUCAUUUAAUUUGUGCCUUUCUUGCAGAUACCCAACUGUGACCAAAUAAUUUAGACUUUUCUUAGAAGAUCUGCAAGAUGUUUCAUGCCUAAUUAUUGGAUAUAAUUAGGGUGAAUCUCACUAAGAAACUCCUGUGUCAAAUUUUACAGUGAAAUAAAGCAAUUACAUUUUGCAUAA